UUAUUCUUUAAAAAAAUAAUGGCCAAAAAUAUCUGUCAGAUUUGAAUACCAUGUUGGUUAUGCAUAAUCUUUUUAGCGCCGGGAAGCUAGGAUUUUAGUGUUUAUGAAGUCUACCUUCUUUCUUUUAGUCAAUGUCUUCUCAUAUUUUGUCCACUGAACCGUGCGUUUAUCCCAGUUUCAGAAUUUUUUAUUGCAAAUAAUAAGCAGUACAGUGAAGAUAUUUCUGAGAAUGAAAAUGCUUUAUUUCCUCAUCCUUAACGCCGUCAGGUUUAUUCAGGAAAGUUACCAGGAGGACCCUUGUACAGAAUACAGUGAAAUCUCCGACCUAUUGAAAAGAAGUCCAUACUACAAACAGGAUGCCAUGCCUCUCUGUGACAAUAACCUGACUACUGGCUGGUACAGGGCAGGCUACCUUAAAAUGCCAACAUCUCCACCUGAUCUUGGAUCUUGUGGGACUUAUUAUCCUUACUGGUUGAAAGGUGACCAUCCAUCAAGUUAUGUGAUGGAUAACGUUGAAGUUUGUAGGGUUGGGAUUGCAAAACCUUGUACUCAAGUUAUACACAUCAGCGUAAAAAACUGCAGCACGUACAUGGUUUAUCGUUUACCCCCUGUAGAUUGCUGUAACUCCGCGUAUUGCUUUGAAUCGCCUACAGGAUGUAAAUCAGAUGCGUCAAUGGACCCUUCUGUUGAAAACUACAACAUAUCUUGGGUUAUUGAGACUAGAGGGAAUAUAUCACGAUAUGACCCUCGUUUAAAUUUUAUAUGUAGAUUUACGCCAUUGACUGAUGAAUCAUUGUUUUAUGACAUUUCAUGGUACGUUGACGAUAUUGAAGUAAUAAAAGGUCAAACUGUAAACCUCAGUACAAUGGAGAAUGCCCUGUUGCCUGUCAUGACAAUUUUAGAGAAUAACAAAACAGCAGGAUUAAUGAUUCAAUGUGUCGUUGGAAUCAAAUUAACUGCAAAUGGCUCUCCUUGUGUUACUAAUGCAAGUCAACCCUUUUUUGCUGGCAUUAAAGUAUUAACUCCACAACUUUUUAUAGACCUAGGAGGGAAAGCCAACAUUCACCUGCAAUUAACAAUACCUUACGCAGAUUCAAAUUUCAUGUUUAACGGUCAUUAUACGGAAGCCAAUGAUCUCUCUGUGAUUGCUUAUAUCCCCGCCCAUUCCUCACUUUAUUGCGAAAAUAGCCCUUUUCAAAAAGAUUUUAUUCAAAGACGCUGUAAAAUCAGGAUAAAAAGUUAUUCCUAUAAAGAGAGGGCUAAAUAUGAAACUAAUGUUUGGAAACAGGUUUAUAAAAUGACAAUUUUUGAACAUGGCAAUGCAUUUAGUAAUUUGAGCAUGUUAGAAAGGGGCAUAACGCUGCAGUUGAAGACCAUGACAACUACAGGCGAAGGAAGUAGAAUAUUCAGCCGUAUAGAUCUACAAGAUAUUCUGGUAUACAGCAAUCAAACAUCUUCAAUACAGUCAAUGUCGACGACAACAGUACCAAUCCAAGAUUGUGCAACAAUGUCAACUCCUCCUACAUUUCCACAAACAACUAUGACAUCAAAUAUACUUACCACGCCAUCUAUAGCAUCGCCAACUCAUAACUCACUGAGAACAACAACACAAUCAAAGAUGAAUGCAAAUGCAACCAUAUCGGACUGUCUUGGAAUCAACAAAAACAACAGCGUAGUCUUUAAUUCCAAAGAAAAUUGUGACCUACUGGUAACCUCAACAUCUGAAGAGUUUACAGUCCCGGGAAAUGUAUUUAUUGUUGUUGUCUCAGUCUUAGUGGCAUUUAUUGUUUUGGUUCUUUUGAUUUGGCGAUGGCGUUUACGAUCCAGCAGGUGCAAGAAGUCGGAAAGCAGGAAUGGCAAUUUUGAUGGGUCCUGUAAAGAAAAUCAAUCUUCGGCAGAUAGAGAAAGCACUGAGGGAAAACAUAGUUGGGAUUUAUAUGAAAACAGUGAACAAUCACUAGGACAAACUACAAAAGAAAAUGAAGAUACUUAUACAAAUAUUACCGAAUUAGAGGAAAGUAUACCAAAAAACAAUUCACACGGGAAUGAAAAUUUUUACCAAAAACUGGGUGACCUCGAAACUCGUUUUUACGAACAGUUGGGAGAAAAUAAUCUUAAUUUGUACGAACAUCUUGAAGGAAACGAGACUCGUUUAUAUGAGCAAUUGGCUAAAAACAAACAAUGUUUUUAGAACAUUUACCAA